AUGAUUCCUUCUUACAAUAACGAUGACUAUCGUGCCAUGGCUUGUAAGAGCGGUGUCGAGUACUCUGCUACCUUCUGUUCCAACAGCUCCUUGACCGGAAGAAAGUACACUUGCGCUUGUAGCAAUGUGGCAGAGUUUGGUUCUUGGGUGGCAUGCGGCUAUGAGCACACCCAGAUCAACGACACCGGCAUAGAAACAGCGAUCAUGAACUUGUGCCCAAAGGCCAAGCUUACGCACGAAAAGAUUCGUGCUGCAUACAUUAAUGCAACCAAUUACAUGGUUAACAUAAGUGAGGUGGCAGACUUCAACGCUUCCAUCCCAGUGAAUUAUCCGAUCACUGGAGGAGAGAUGACCUACUACUUCCAUGGUGUCUACUACGGUUACAAGAACGCCUACAACGCUACUCUCUAUGGUCACUACCUCGGUUGGGCAAGUCUGGCUAUGUGGGGUGCGUUGAUUGUGGUGUGCGGAAUUUUCAACUGGGCUUUUGCUACAAUUCCUGGUUUUAGAAGACUUUUCGUUGGAGCUCCAAACAAUUUUUGGAGAAAGUACAUCACCAUGCCGGCUCUUUUCGGUAAGAAACAUAUCGAGAGCUUUGGUGUGUUUGGUCUUUUUCCAUCCAGAUUCGAGUUCAUCAUCCUGUCUCUGUUCUUCAUCUACAUGGUGUUGGCAAACGCUAUUCUCGGUGUGAGCUUCUACGAGCAUGACUUGGUCUUCAAGAAGCCUUCCAACGGUAUCGCCAGUUAUGUGGGUGACAGAUCGGCCAUCUUGCUCUGCUACCUGUUCCCUCUGCUGUUUCUGUUCCCAGGAAGAAACAACUUCCUGCAAUGGGUCACCAGAUGGCCAUAUUCUAGAUUCGUCACUUUCCACAAAGGACUCGGAAGAAUUCUGUGUCUUGAGGUUCUUGUUCACUCUAUUGCCAUGACUCUGCAAUCGAUCCACAGUGGAAAGUAUCACAAAAGAGUCCACGCUGAUUGGUAUAGAUACGGUGUGGUUGCAACCGUCUCGUGCUGGUUGGCUAUGGGUUUGGGAGCAUACGUGAUCAGAAGAUACUGGUACGAGGUGUUCUGGAUCACUCACGUCAUCUUGAUCGUCAUGUUCUUGUGGAGCGCUUGGUUGCACGCUGCUUACCUCGAAUACGGUGAAUUUUACUACGCAUGUGCCGCUAUCUGGGUGUUCGACUGGGUUGCAAGAAUUGCCAGAGUUGUGCUCUUUGGUGUUAGAACUGCCAGAUGCGAGAUCAUGGAAGAAGAGGGUACCAUCAAGCUCUCCAUUCCAUAUCCAAAGGGUUACUGGAAAGCAGACCCUGCUGCCCACGGAUUCGUCUACUUCUUGGGCUGGAAAACUUUCUGGCACUCGCAUCCAUUCACUCUCAUCGACUCGAUCACCGACAAAGAUCACAUCCACUUCUACUGUAAGAUCAAGGGCGGUGUCACUAAGAUCAUUGGUGAAGCUACCAAAUCCCACCACGAGAAGGUGUUCCCAAUCAAGGUGCUUGUCGAAGGUCCUUACGGUUUCAAGACCUCUUACCAACACUACGAUAAGGCUGUGCUGAUUGCUGGUGGUAACGGUAUCCCAGGACCAUUCUCUCACGCUUUGGAUCUUGCUAGCAGAGACACCAAGACUGAGGUCAAGCUUUACUGGGGUGUCAGAGAGUAUAACUCGUUGAACUGGUUCAAGAGCGAGCUUGCUCAAUUCAAGGGAACUAGAUGCAAACCAAUCAUCUACGUGUCUAACCCAAGCUCCCGUGUCGAGGACGUGGAUCUUGGUGAGACUUCAUCUUCUGGAAGUUCCGACCACCUCCAAGACGAAAAGAGUUCUGGAAACGAAAAAACAGUCACUCUCGAUGCGUUGCAGAGCGCGUUCAGCUAUGUCGAGUUCCGUAAGGGAAGAAUCGACAUUGACAAAUUGGUGGCAGAAGAAAUCAGCGAAAGUUCUGGCUCUGUGGCCUUUGGUGCUUGCGCUCAUCCAAACAUGAUCGACACUCUUAGAGCUGCUGUGGCCAACAGCCAGUCUGGCAGCAGAGUCAUCGACUACUUCGAAGAAAUGCAAACUUGGUGA